ACGCGUCGUUGUUUCCGGCUCUUCCGUCAUUCACACUUUCAAACAUGGAGUCUAUUUUCCACGAAAAACAAGAGGGCUCUCUGUGUGCGCAGCACUGCUUGAAUAACCUCCUGCAGGGAGAGUACUUCAGUCCAGUGGAGCUGUCCUCCAUCGCGCAGCAGCUGGACGAGGAGGAGCGCGUGCGCAUGGCUGAAGGAGGCGUGCAGACCGAGGAGUACAGGACCUUCCUGCAGCAACCGUCGGGAAACAUGGAUGACAGCGGCUUCUUUUCCAUUCAGGUGAUCAGUAACGCUCUGGGGGUUUGGGGUUUAGAGAUCAUUCUCUUCAACAGUAGAGAGUACCAGCAGUUACAGAUCAAUCCCAUACAGGAGAAGGCCUUUAUAUGUAACUAUAAGGAGCACUGGUUUACGGUGCGUAAGCUGGGACAGCAGUGGUUUAAUCUGAACUCGCUGCUGACCGGUCCGGAGCUCAUAUCAGACACAUACUUGGCUCUUUUCUUAGCGCAGCUACAGCAGGAAGGUUAUUGCAUAUUUGUGAUCCGGGGAAGCCUGCCGGAGUGUGAAGCCGAUCAGAUUUUGCGGAUCAUGCGAGUGGAGCAGCAGCAGCGGCCGAAGCUGAUUGGAGAGGACGAGGCCCAGAGGGUGUCAGUGCAGCAGACGUCAGACGCCGGACACACCGCAGAUGAAGUGCUGCUGGAUGAGGAUGAGGAGGAGCUGAGGAAGGCUCUGGCGCUCAGCAGACAGGGCAUGGAGGUGGAGGACGAGGAGGCUGACCUGCGCAGGGCCAUUCAGCUCAGCAUGCAGGGUGGCAGUGAUCCCAGAAGCCCCGGCGCCGCUGUGACGGCCGGCUCGUCUCAUGAUUCGGGAAGCAGCGAGGAGGCGAUGACAGCGGAGGAGCUGCGCAGGAGGAGACAGGCUUACUUCGACAGGCAGCAAGCUCAGUCCUCCGCUCACGACAGGAGCUCCGCCGACGGAGCGAAGGAAAGCGGGACCAAACCCGACCAGUGACGGUCCACCAGCGCCGGUGACAGAUGCCCUGAACGCCCUCGACCCCAACUCUCUUUGGGAAUGAUGGGACUCACAUCCCCUCUCAGAACUGCCCCGGGUCCUGCUGUGUAAUCAAGGGACAUUCGUUUAGCUUCGCUUCUCCUCUUUGAGUUGAACGAGGUGAAAGGAAAGUGUUUCCCCGGUUCAUUCCUCUCCCUCAGACGGACGGCGUGAGGAGGGAGCUGUCAGCGCUGGGAUCACUGCUGCAUUCUGGGAUCUCUCUGCUCUUCUCCUCUGUGGACUGUUGUGAAGAACUUCUGCUGGUCACCGCUGAGCGGCGGGGGACGUGCCCUAGGUAGACGGCAUAGUGAGGGCAGAUUCAGUCAUCGUUCAGAUUCAGCCCUUCACGUGUUUUAGUCAUUCAUCAGUCAUCCCUCAUUUGUUGACAGGCAGCAGCUCUUUUGGAUCUAUCGGAUGGUUUUCACAUUCUUUUCUAUAAUUUCAUACGUUUGGUGGCACAGCAGCGUUUCUUGAACUCAUUUCACAUUCAGCAAUAGUUUUUAAGUGAUUGGUUAUUCUUGCACUCUUAUAUAAACUUAUUGUUUCUUAAAUAAAAAUGUUUCUUUCCCCCCUAAA